AUGUGCCGGAAGCGCUUUUAUGACAUCAAGCGCCGUGUCAAGGCCAAGAUGGCCAAGGAGGCAAAAUCAGCCCGCCAAACCGGGGGUGGACACCCCUUCCGUGCUACUUAUCGUGAUUGGGAGGAGCCUGUGCGGUCCCUUAUUCCUUCCGAAGUGGUUGCUGCGACUCAUGUCAGGGAUUCGGACCGUCCAAAGCAGGAUGGAAGUUCAGAUAACAAGGAGUCUUUAAAGUAUGGUCAUAAUGUUUUUUCAAAUGUAUCAACAGUACGCCAGAGAAGAACCACAGACAGGCCACAGCCAACUGAUGAUGGUGGGAAUGCAGGUUCUUCUUCUGCAAGCCGCCCUCCUCUAAGGCGGACAUCACAGGGCUCUGUGAGUUUGCCUACGAGGCCCAGUAAGUCACGUCGUGUGGAGUCUGAGUCAGCGGCUCCAUCUUCACCACCCAGGCGGCGCAUCUCCGCAGUGUUGCCCCAGCCACCUCUGGACAUUUUGGCAAGUCCUCAAAGUGAUGAGCCACGAUCACCUCAGCUGUCUGAACCAACCAUCAUGGGCGAGGACGACCAGCAGGAACCUGACCAACAGGCUACCUUUACACUGCACCUGCAGCCCGUUGCUCCUACCCAGCCAACCCAGCAGCAGGAUAUGCCCCAAGCCUCCGUAAGUCCCCAAUUGAUCCCAACUCCACCACAGCAACAAAUGUCCGCAGACUUUUGGAGCAGUUGGGCCACACAACAGGUCCAAAAUACUGCCUACCUGAACACACACACACAACACCUUGCCAGUCUGCCGCAUCAUCUACCUCGCAUUAGUAGGAACUCGGGCAGACUGAUUGUUCAGGUAGGCAGAAUAGCUACUUCAAUGGAGCAAAUCAGGGCGGACAACAUGCAAAUGCUGACAAAUUUAUCUAGAGUAAUCGAUGAGCAACAGCGGCAGCAACAAGCCCUAAUACAAGUCAUCCAGCACAACCAAGUAGUGACUGAAACUUUGUCCAGAAUUGUUGCCAGCCACACUGCCACCAAUAAUCAGCUGAAUGCCAGUAUUCACAACCUCAGCCAAAGCAUUACUGUGCUGGCAGCACAACAAGUCAGCUCCAGCUCCGGAACAACGACCCCUAGCCAGACCCCAGUUACCUCCCCUGUUAGACGCUCAAGCAGAACACCGGCCAGCGACCCAGGACAAACUUCUGCACCAAGCACACAAACAAAAAAAAAUGAUUAA